AUGCUCCACGCCUCUCUCCUCACGGCGGCCGCCUUCAUCACCAUCGCACAAGCAGCGCCCAAUGUUCGUCGAGACUUGGAGACAUACCUCGUCAGCACGCAGACAUGCAUCACCAACCAUCGAUGCGGACAGACGGAACUGGCCACGAUUCCCACCAGCACGAGGACUUCAUGCUCGACCGUCAGCCAGACCUUCACCACUUGCGGAACUUCAACCAUCACGACGACAGUGACGCCCGAGCCGGUGACAUCUACAAAGUAUGAGGAUGAAGCGGCACUCGACCGACGACAAGAGACCAUUUCCAUCACCAUCACCGCGGCCGCACAGCAGGCUUGCUCGACGACUACUACCGUCUCCGAAGGCGUCUCAACAGUCUACACGGGCGAAUACAACGCCACCCUCGCCCGCCGCACCGCUUCACCCUUCGACAUCGACUCCUCCUUCACCGACUCCUCCCUUGCAGCACGCAAGCUCCCUCUCGUCAAAGUCCUCCACCGUCUCGGCCACGCAGCCUUCAGCGACGACCAAAACGCCUACGAAGUCGACUGUCUCGCCCAAGUGACCUCUUACAUCGUCACCAGAUCCACCAUCCAAGAAGAACCCUCCACCUCCACCGUGACGGCUCCCACCCCGACGAAAACCAUCACCAUCAAGAAUAAACUCGCCGUGCCAAUCACCACCACCGUCGUGCAAUCUCCACCCGCUGCUUCAUCUCCAUCACCCGACCAACCCUCGGCCGACGGAACAUGCACCACGACCGCCGCCUCCGUAACAACAACCCAACACCUCAAAUGCGCCCCCACAAACAUCAUCUCCUCCCUCUCCGGCCACGGCAUCGGGCAAACCACAGGCAACACGGCCGGUUCCCGCGGUCUGGCUCCCGGUGAGAAUCCCAGCGCGUGCUGCCAAUUGUGCAUGGACACGGAGGGUUGUGCCGCGAGCGAGAACGACCCGGAUGCGGGCAAUUGCUUCCUGUGGUAUACGGAGCCUGGAUGUGGGUUGGGCUUCACGUACAAGGCGGAUCAGAGAUUGGGAGUGGGAGAGGGGUUCUGGGUGCAGAGUGGGUGUGGAUGGGUGGCGGGGGAGGUGAAUGCGUAA